UCGCCGUCACUCCAUUCGUGGAUGACUGACUCCAAAGCCCCGGAUGUUUCUUCAUUCAUUCCAUAUAUAAGGGAGUGAAGGCGGGGAUCAGAGUAGUUUGAAAUUAGACGGAGGUGUGUGUUUGGUUUUUUAAGAAAAAAAAAAAUAUAUAUAUAUAUAUAUAUAUUUAGUGUUGCAUAGUAAAGCUUAUUAAGAAGGAAAUGGCUGGUGGAAAAGCUGGGAAGGACUCUGGAAAGACCAAGACAAAGUCGGUUUCCCGCUCUCAGAGAGCAGGUCUGCAGUUUCCAGUGGGUCGAAUUCACAGACAUCUGAAGUCAAGGACUACAAGCCACGGUCGCGUAGGCGCUACAGCGGCCGUCUACAGUGCAGCCAUCCUGGAGUAUCUCACGGCCGAGGUUUUGGAAUUGGCAGGAAAUGCUUCAAAAGAUCUAAAAGUGAAGCGUAUCACUCCUCGCCACUUGCAGCUUGCCAUUAGAGGAGAUGAGGAGUUGGAUUCGCUUAUCAAGGCAACAAUUGCUGGUGGUGGUGUCAUUCCUCACAUCCACAAAUCACUGAUUGGCAAGAAGGGACAACAGAAGACUGUUUAAAGAAUAACCUGGUUUUAUUGGUCAAGCAUCUCUGGACACUGAACUUGUUCCAAGUUUGUUCAAAAAGUUGUUCUGAAAGUGGGUGGGGAGACACUUCUGCUUUUGUAAUAGAAUUUGUUUUAAAUUGAGCUGUACAUCUACUCACUUCUGGGGUAUAUAAAUAAGUGUGGCUUCAAAGAAGCUUGGUUCUUAAACUGUGGUAGAUUCAGAUGGUAAGUUUGUUCUGUGUACAUUAUCGAACACUCAAUACCUGAUUUAAUGUUUAAAUUUGCUUCAAUCCAUGUUUUUGUUCUGACUUGUAUCCUGGACAAAAACUCAAUAAAUGUUUAAACAUUGUG